AUGUUCUACAUCAAAUCGUUUAAAUAUCAAGUACAAGAAUAUCAAUUUUCCUCAUGUGAAUUUUCGAAUGCCGAGAUAAAGAUGAGAUUCAGAUUUUCUGCAACUUCUGCUUUCAGUUACAAUUCAACAAGAUAUGCUUGGGGCGGUUGCAUGGAAUGUUUAUUAGAAAAGUUGUUACAAAACAUUUCAAAAUGA